CUGGAUGUGCAGAGGCAACCAGUGUGCUGUCAGAGGCAGCAGAGGCACACUAGGAGGAAGCUGCUUUCUCUACUGACUUGGGAUCCCUCUUGUUCCUCCACCUCCCCAGGAGGACACCUUGUCCCCUCUAGGGGCAGCCAUGCUGACUCCUGGGGGCCCUUGGCUUUUAUACCUUCUAAGAUUAACCUGCUGGAUCUGCUGCUGGUUCUGCUUAGUCCUUGUUUCUGGACAGGAGCUUUAUGCCCCCCAUUCCAUCAGGAUAGAAGGGGACAUCACUUUGGGGGGACUCUUUCCUGUUCAUUCCAGAGGUUUCCCAGGGCUGCCAUGUGGGGACAUUAGAAAGGAAAAUGGGAUCCAUAGGCUUGAGGCUAUGUUGUACGCGCUGGAUCAGAUCAACAGUGACCCAGAGCUUCUUCCAAAUAUCACCCUAGGGGCUCGGAUUCUGGACACCUGUUCUAGGGACACCUAUGCUCUGGAGCAAUCUCUGACGUUUGUCCAGGCACUGAUCCAGAAGGAUACUUCUGAUGUCCGCUGCACCAACGGAGAUCCUCCUGUGUUUGUUCGACCAGAGAAAGUAGUUGGAGUCAUUGGAGCAUCUGAAAGUUCUGUGUCUAUAAUGGUUGCAAAUAUUCUGCGUCUCUUCCAGAUUCCUCAAAUCAGUUAUGGUUCCACUGCUCCUGAACUGAGUGACGACCGACGAUAUGACUUCUUCUCUAGAGUGGUACCUCCGGAUUCCUUCCAGGCGCAGGCCAUGGUGGAUAUUGUGAAAGCCAUGGGUUGGAGUUUUGUGUCUACAUUGGCAUCAGAAGGAAGUUAUGGAGAGAAGGGAGUGGAGUCAUUUAUGCAGAUGUCACGAGAAGCAGACGGCAUCUGCAUUGCUCAGUCCCUGAAGAUUCCGCACGGUAGCAAAGCUAGCGAUUUUGACAAGAUCGUCAAACAACUUCUUGAUUUUCCUCAAGCUCGCACGGUAGUCGUUUUUGCCAACGAUGAUGACGAUAUCAGACAGGUUUUGGCUGCAGUGAAGAGAGCAGACCAACAGGGUCACUUCCUCUGGGUGGGCUCCGACAGUUGGGGGUCCAAGAUUGGCCCAAUAAGUGAUCUUGAUGACAUGGCUGAAGGUGCAAUUACUAUCCUUCCAAAAAGGGCAACUAUUGAUGGAUUCGAUGCUUACUUCACAUCACGGACCUUGGAAAAUAACAGGAGAAAUGUCUGGUUUGCAGAAUACUGGGAAGAAAAUUUUAACUGCAAGUUAACUAUUACUGGCUCUAAAAAAGAAGACACUGACCGCAAAUGUACAGGUCUAGAACGUAUUGGGCAAGAUUCACACUAUGAGCAGGAUGGCAGAGUUCAAUUUGUGAUAGAUGCAGUCUACGCGAUGGCCCAUGCUCUACACAACAUGCAUAAGGAUCUGUGUCCUUCAGGCUAUCAUGGACUCUGCCCAGAAAUGGAGCAUGCUGGAGGGAAGAAACUUCUCAAAUAUAUCCGCAAUGUCAGCUUCAAUGGCAGUGCCGGGACCCCUGUGCUGUUUAAUAAGAAUGGUGAUGCUCUGGGGCGAUAUGACAUCUUCCAGUACCAGAUCACAAACCGUAGCACCCCAGGAUACAGACUGAUUGGACAAUGGACAGAUGAACUACAGCUCAAUAUUGAGGACAUGCAGUGGGCUAAAGGCAUUCCAGAGAUACCAUCGUCAGUUUGCAGUUUGCCCUGCAAAAUGGGAGAGAAAAAGAAAAUAAAGAAGAGCCUUCCGUGCUGUUGGCAAUGUGACCUAUGUGAUGGCUACAAGUACCAAAGGGAUGAGUACACCUGUGACACCUGUGAAUUCAACAUGAGACCCAACAAAAAUCGCACUGGUUGUGAUCCCAUUCCUAUUGUUAAAUUGGAGUGGCACUCACCCUGGGCUGUAAUCCCUGUGUUUCUUGCCAUGCUUGGCAUCAUCGCCACCAUAUUUGUUAUGGCAACUUUUGUCCGAUACAAUGACACCCCUAUUGUGCGAGCCUCUGGAAGGGAACUUAGCUACGUACUGCUUACAGGGAUCUUCCUAUGUUACAUUAUCACAUUUCUAAUGAUUGCCAAGCCUGACGUGGCUGUGUGCUCCUUCCGACGAAUCUUCUUGGGGUUGGGAAUGUGCAUUAGCUAUGCAGCUCUCUUAACAAAGACCAAUAGGAUCUACAGGAUCUUCGAACAGGGUAAAAAGUCAGUGACCGCUCCUCGGCUUAUCAGCCCCACCUCACAGUUGGCCAUCACCUCCAGUUUAAUAUCUGUCCAACUUCUGGGAGUAUUUAUUUGGUUUGGAGUUAACCCCCCUAGCAUCACCAUUGAAUAUGGGCAGGGAUCAGUGGAUCCAGAACAGGCCAGAGGUGUGCUAAAAUGUGACAUUACGGAUCUACAAAUCAUCUGUUCUUUGGGGUACAGCAUCCUUCUCAUGGUGACAUGCACUGUGUAUGCCAUCAAGACGAGGGGUGUACCAGAGAAUUUUAAUGAAGCAAAGCCUAUUGGCUUUACUAUGUAUACUACCUGUAUAGUUUGGCUGGCUUUUAUUCCAAUAUUUUUUGGGACAUCGCAAUCAGCAGAAAAACUCUACAUCCAGACCACUACACUAACCAUAUCCAUGAGCCUUAGUGCCUCGGUGGCUCUGGGGAUGCUCUACAUGCCCAAGGUCUAUAUCAUCAUCUUCCACCCAGAGCUCAAUGUUCAAAAGCGCAAGCGAAGUUUCAAAGCUGUGGUGACAGCAGCAACAAUGUCAUCUCGCCUUUCGCACAAACCCAGUGACCGGCCUAAUGGGGAGGCCAAGACGGAACUCUGCGAGAAUGUGAACCCCAAUAGCCCAGCGACCAAGAAAAAAUAUGUCAGCUACAACAAUCUAGUGAUAUAGGCAGACUCCUUGCGAAAGAUGAAAGGAGCAGCGACAUUUUCACUUCCUGCGUUGUGUGGUGCGGUUUGCUCCCCCUCCACCCAGUGCCUCUCCCACAGCAGCGGCCAAUCAUGGGAAGAGAAGAGCUGCUGGGACAUGUCGGUGCAUGGCCCUUGAGGACUGGGGACAGCUGCUUCAUCCAAGCCAUCUGAACUGUACCUGGCUUGUCUCUCGGAAUCUAGGACCAAGGGAUGGGCGCCAAGCCCCGCGUGAAGCAAGUUUGUGAGCGGGCGUUACCCGGGCUCUUCUGCCUCUCUCGGGACCAUCAGACUCAGACCUUUCUGUACAGUUUCUGAGGACUUUUUACAUACAGACCCAUACCCUUCCAUGUUCCUCUUUAUUUUAUAUUUUUGGGGAGUUUAUGCUCAUGUGACCACCUUCUCCCCAGCUAUGAGCACUUCACUAACUUGGCUUCCACGUUAAUGCACAUUUCCUACAUGGUCUAUUCAUUCUUCUGGUUGAUGCUUUUUAAACUCUACUCUGUUUUCUCUCUUCUUUUUGUCCUCUGUUCUUCUACUUUUGUUUUUUCCUUAUUCUAACGUUUCUUUCAUUCAAGGUUUUUUUCAAGACCAAAAACUGUGUGUGCAACGCAGACCAUUCCUGAGUGUGAUUGGCUGGCAGGAUGUGGUAUGUGAUUGGCUGAUGCCCUUGGGGUCUCCUGUCUCCGAAUGCAUGUACUUUCUCUGCAUUAUUUCUUUAUUUCUGUCGGAGGAUUCUACUGUUUGUGUUUGGUUUCUAUUCAUCUGCCUGUGACUGGGGUUUCGUCGACAGGACGUGGGGGUGAGGUGGCCAUUGUUUAAACCUGCCUCUGGGUAUCUGUCCGAGCCUAGUCUACGAGGGCCACUCUGUGGGCUCAGAUGUGACAAAAAAAAGCAUGUAUGUUUUCUACUGUUUGUAAUGAGUAUUUUCUGCUUACGUGCCAACCUCGUGAGACACCCUCCCCAAACCGCCCUGUGAUAU